UCCCCGUUGGGCUGCUGCUGCUGCUGCUGGUUGUGAUGCUUGGUGCGCGUUUUGCUUUAUGUGGGAACGACGACGCUCUCGAAGGGGAGCGAAGCAGCAAGAUGGCAGCGAUGGCGACGUCUUCGAGAGAUGCGUACUUCAAGCAUCGGUCGCGAACCCGCACCACGAACUGGGGCGACGUGGAGACGUACCAGCUCAUUGAGCUGUGGCAGUCGUUCCGCUACGACCUGCAGCAGACGAAAAAGCGCCGGCCCAUCUUCGAGCAGAUGAGCCGACUAAUGCACGGGCUGGGCUUCAAGAGAGACGCUAACGAGAUACAGGGGAGAAUUACAAACCUCGCCUAUUUGUACAGGCGUGAAGGCAAGCUUCGACUUGAAAACCCACUGCGAUCCCCUUGGAAGUUCUGGGACAAUGUGCAUAAAGUACUUCGUGGUGAACCACCACGUCGUACACCUAUUCAGGCACGCCAGAUUUUACCAAAGCCAGUGUCCUUGCCAAAUACAGAGGCACGGAUGAUUCCACCUGACACCACUCUGACGGUGGUCAAUGUUCCUCUACCUGACGUAUCCGUUGUCAAAGUAGAAAAACCAAGUGUGCCUGAGAGCACUUCAGCUGGGGAUGGCCGAAAGAGUCCUCCAGAUGAAUCGAAUGCAGCCACUGAAGCCUGGACAGACCAGUCUGCAGCCUCCAUAGUGAAUGGGGAGCAUUCAGAAGAAGAUGAAGAAGGCAGCGACAGCUAUCCCCAUGCAUCCCUGCGCUUCCCAUUCGAAUGUCCGUGUGACAUUCUCAAAACUGUGGCUGAGCAACAGCGCCUCAUGGCGCUGCAGAUUCUCAACGAGGAGGAGAUUCGUCACGAGGAGAGAGUUCGCAUUGUGCUUGAGAUGGAGAACCGGCUGAAGCAGGAGCACAACAAUUUCAAGCUAGCACUCAUUGAUAGACUUAACAAAGGCUUCACUCAGAUCCUAAUGGCACUGAAAUCUUCCACUACGUCUUAGGGGCCCUGGUGGUCGCAUUGUUGGGAGAGGCGCUGCCUUUUUUUCUUUUUUUUUUAUUGCAGCAAGGGAGACUGGCCUGCUUCAGCAGUGCUUCUUUCCCAGAGCAACUGCCUGGAAGCAGUUGGGCGUUGCAUUAUUAUGCAGUUUUACCGUAUUAUGCAAUUUAUAAGCCUUUAAGCAACUAGUUCUAUUCUAAUACCAUAGAUACUCUAAGCCAGGAGCUGGCUUAAUUCAGUGCUACAGACGCACUUGUUUUUGUCUGGAUCAAAGUGUGGUGUGGUGUUAGCAAGCUUAGGCACAGCUGAAGAUGCAAGACUUGUGUAGGCAUUCAAGAAUUCAGGGCUGGCUUGGCAGGAUCAAACAGGAUUGAUUCAUUUUUAAAACUGUGAUAAAGAUUAUUGUUGGACUCAACUUUUUGGCUCAUUUCAGAGCAACAUGAGCUCAGGCAUGACUGUUCACUCCAGGAUUAGGUGUCUGGGACAUGGAAUAUAGAGCAAUCAAACUGAACCAUCUCCAUAGGUGGAAUUUAGAACUGUCUUGUUUGUAUCUCCGAGCCUGCCCAUGUAGCAUUUGGUCAUUAUAUUUCUUAACUGUAUAGGCUAGGCUAGGUUUUACGAAUAGGAUGUGUAGUACAUAGUGCUGCUAUGCUUAGGGCCCGAAAAUCUGCAAGAAUCUAUGGCAGUUUUCAUAUACUUGGUGUCUUGAAAAGCCUUAUUUCUUCCAAGGGAACUCAUGUUGGCAACGGUCAACACAGUAAUGACAUUUGUGGCCAUUUUGUGUACCCUGUUUUGGAGUCUGUACUUCGUGCUGCGUGCAGCACAUGCAUCAAUCUAUUUUGCUGCUGUGUCACGUUGCAGACUUGCAUUAGUUCAUGUGUCAUCAAGGGAGUGAAGUCACUUUUUUGUUGUAUGUACUUUUGCCCUACAAAACGUUUAGUAUGUAUAGGCAGCUGAAAUUUCAAAGGUGACAUUGUGCUCACUUUGAGCUUUACAACUUGUUAAGUGUGGUGAGAAUUCCUUACCACGUAGUACGCAGUGGUUUAAAAUUUUUCUUGGUUUCACUGCUGUGGUUGCUGUGCCCUCAUAAACGUGUGGCUUAUAUGUAUUCCAAUUUGAGGCAGAGUUGAACCUCAUUACAAUGAAGUUGCAUCCAGCAUGAAAAUACCUUCAUUAUAUCUGAUAUUCGUUAUUUGCAGAUAUUUUUUUAUGCUAAUCUUGGCAAGAAAAUUGUAAAAUUUACUUUACCAUAUUCAAUAUUUCAUUAUAUCUAUGUUAUAUUGAGGUUCAACUGUAUUUAUCAGCGGUCUGUGAAGAUGCGAGUUCACACUUGAACCACUGAGCAUUUUUGAGUUCUUUACACUCGAAGCAUUAAGGAUGCGCCAGUUGUUUUAUUAAUUUUGCACAUUGUUGUUGGUGGCUUUUGUAUGUACCAUAGAAAAUGUCAAUCAUGGCGCUGGUUUUUAUGUUGGUGUGUGCUGUGUACUAACUCGAACAAAGCCUUGCGGUUCAUCUGCCCUGAUUCCUCUUUGGUACUGGUUGUUGGUGUUGUUGAUAAUGCUGGUAAGCUUUUAUCCCCGCAAUUCAUAGCCUAAGAUUUCGGGCCCUAGUCAUGUAUGGCUUUGUUAAUGCAUACUCUGCCUCUUGUGUUGAGAGAUGUGUGGCAACAGCAGUGUAUUUAAAAUAGCAUAUCAUAUGUGCAAAACUUUUUGUAAUGUCUUGAUAUUUGUGUAUGUUUAUUUAUAUUAAUCAGUCAAUGUCUGUUAAUUUGACCAUGGCAGGACAUGCAAAACUUGUUCAAAUAAUCUGAAGUUCAAAUUAUGGGUGACAUUUGAAACUUUUGACGAACUAGUGAUCUAUUUAUUUACUAGCAACGGUUUGAUAUGGUGGUCUCUAAUGUUGUUAGUGAGUGCUAUAUGAAUAAUGUUGCAAGAACAUAAUGCGUUGCGAAGCCUGGCUGCUAUUGUUUGUGCAGGUGAAGAACUGCUCUGCAAGAUGAAUUGUUGGUUGUACUUCCAUUUUGUUGAGACUCCUGUAUCCCUUUGUCAUCACCACUGAUGCUGUCUGAAGGACCCACAUGCAGCAUGGGGCAGGAAAAAUUUGCACCGUCUUUUUGGCCGGUGGCCGACACUGUGGGUGUGCGAAUACUGUUUUUUGAAAAUCAAAUGAAUGCAAAUCGAAGAGGUAUGGUUCUGAAUUGAACAUGCACUCACAUAUCUUUAUAUACUUUUCAAAUAAUUAAUGUUGUGUACUGGGCUUUCAAACCAAGCUAACCAUAAUUAGCUUAAGAUUCUCAUGUGCAUGGGAAUCUGGCAGUUUGAAUAGCAGAAUUGUGUGGGCUCUUCAGUUGCAAUUUUCUUUGAGACUAAGUCACCUCUUGUUGUGAAACAAACGUGCAAGAUUUUCAGAAGGAUAAUCUAAAAACUAUAUUGAUUAAGUUUCGCCUUCAUUGUCCCGUCAAAGUGCGUCUCACAAUGUGAUUACAUUGUUGACUUUCAGGUCUACUUUUUAUAAUCAUAGGUUACCUAUCCUAGAAUCAUGUGCUUUUUAAGUAUAGGUAAAAUGUCAUAUCUACCAGGGUGCAGGAUUAGAGCAUGGAAAUUAUGGAGUGAGAAAUGGCUGGAAAGGUUCAAUUGACGCUUUGGUUUUUGAUGGCAGUGUUGUUACCAGGAUAAUUGAAGAGUGUUAUUUAAUUAUGAAUGAAUGAGGGCCCCAUUAGCAUGCAUGAGCCAUAACCACAGUGAACACAGCUGCAUGUCCUUCUUAAUCCUUCUUGUGAAUCAGGGAAACACAGAAGUGGCUGCAGAGAUCUUUCGUGACGCCUACUGGUGCAGGACUAUCCCCCGUAUUCAGAAAUGCAACUUCGCUUCAAGUCCGUGCUUGACUUGAGUUAAGUGACGUCCAGGGCAUGUUCGUCCAAUGAACGUCCAGGGCAUGUUCACAAUAGGCGUCACUUAAUUCAAGUCAAGCACGGACUUGAAGCGAAGUUGCAUUUCUGAAUACGGGGGUAUGUCUAGCUGCUUAAGUGGAGCAUAAAAUUUGGAAACUUAUUUAAAGGCCUUCAGGUAUUUGUAUUUUCACAAAAGGAAAGCUGUUCAAAACUAUCAAAGGAAAACCUUUUCUUUUUUUUUACGUUGUGCUUGAGCUAUAAUGAAGGACCGCUCAACAUCACUCAUAUGGAUGGCCGUUCACGUUCCUACACUUGAUACUCAGCGCGGACUGUCGGUGCCGUGCAAUGUUGCUGAAAAGGAGAAACAGGCUAUCCACACACACACAUAAUAGUUAGGUACCAAUAAUUCUAGCCCCUUCCUUGACAUGCUAUUAUCCCAAAUUGUGGCGAGAAAUGGCCAAAUUAUUAUAAGGACCCCAGUUGCCAACAUGUUUUACCUCCCUGGAAGGAAUAAAUUCGCUUCUACUUGCGCUGUCCUAUGAAUUGUGUGCUACCAUUUAGGAAAAGCACAACUAAGCACUGAGACAAAGCUAGGAUUGUCCGUAGCAUUGCUAGAAGUACUGUUGAGAAGUACCAUUGACGAGCUAGAAGUGCUGUUGACGAGCUGAGCUUGCCUUUGGCUGUUUUUACCAGAAACACAUGGACAAACCCUGCUCGUCCAAGUCAUGGAAGGGGUUAAUGAAAACGCUGUACUAGCUAUGCAAAUGCUGCUUGCACAGGACGUGGUUUAUGCACUUUGGCAGCCACAACUGUUGUGCACUAGUAGAGUUGGCAAUUGCAUAUUUAAAGGGCCCCUGAAACAAUUUUUGUCAUUCCUUAUAGAGUACCACCUGUACAUACAGAGUCUUUCUCAUGGAAUGCUUUCUCUCAAGAACUAUUAUACUAUAUUAACAGAGCUACAAGUGGUUAGACAUUACCCUUCUCUCAAGCCGCAGCAUUCUUCCUCAACGCGCAUUUUGUGUGGCCAUUGCUAUGUCCUGCCUCUUUGGGCACAAUGCUGAGUGGUGAUGCGAGUGUUGCCUAAUUCCAGUUGAUUUGAACUAAGUGUUUUCGAUAAGCAUGUAUGGUGAUGGUUGCCUGAAAGUGAAGUUUACCUGCAGGGAUCGUGUCUUCCAUGGUGUGCAGUCGCUGCAGUUUAUUCCCCGCACAUACCUCAAAUGCAGAAGGAUGAGUGCUGUUAUACAAACGUCCUUGAGUGUAGAAUUCGUACCAUACAUGUUUCCUGCCAGAAGCAGACAUUGCUGCACUUAUGUACAUUUGGGAUAGCCCCUCCAUGUCACCCCCGGUGGCUGUAGCCACUGUAGUAUGGUUAGUCAGUGUUGCAUUCUUUCUCACUCCUCCUCUUACUUUGUGCAGCCUUACAAGUCUACGAUAGAGUUCAGCUUUUAGGUGAAACUAUUCCACUCCUUUUCUCUCAUGCAUGCGCAAAUGCAUGUGCACAAACAACAGUUGCAGCAGAUAACCUGUGUUAUCAAGCAGAAGUAGUACACCAUUGGUUUGAAGAAAUGUCUACAUUUAUUGCAUUUGUGUUUUUAUUUUUACAGGUACACAAAAUACACAUACAUACUAUUAAAAAGAAGCUUAGUGGAGUGACAAGCUUGAAGUAUUCCCGAUCACCCUCUCUAUGUAGAAUGGUCAGGGGAGGGUGGAAAUACGGGAAGUGGUGCUGCUACAAUCUGUAGCAAUGCAGAAGUUUAAAACCUAAUUAUGCAGAACACUUACAUUUUGUCCUUGAUGAUCGCAAGUGUCUACGCUACCGACUCUGCAUUUGUACAUAACUGUAAAAAUCAUUGGAGUGUCCCUUUAACAAAAAUUUGUCAAUUAGCUUUGUCAGUUUUUAUAGUACUGUUUGUAUUGUAAAAUUAAACUUGUGUUGGAAGACCUUUUUUUUUACCUAGUGAACCUGUGUUCCAAGGUAUUCAUCACUAAAUUUUACACUCCGUUACUUAAUUUUGCAUUAGAUGAUUUCAUAUGGCAUGCCGGUUGUGAAGACGGGCAGAGUUGAUAACAGCUGCACUCAUGCUCUUGGCUGGCAAAAAUGAAGAAAAGACUGACUUCCUCCUUUUGCUCAGAAUAAGCUGUCACAUAUACGUGUUUGUGUCAAGACUCUGCCUCUUAAUGCGAAAUUAGCUUACCAAGUGUCAAAUUUGAUGAUGAAUGUGCUGGAACACAAGCAGUCUAGAAAAAAAAAUGAAAUUGUCUUGAAAUACAACUGUCUCCAAGUUUUUAUAUAUAUAUAUAUAUAUAUAUAUAUAUAUAUAUAUAUAUAUAUAUAUAUAUAUAUCUUCAGUCCUCCUUUCUAAAUUAACUCUGAAGCAAUUAUGUCAAAUAUUCAUCCCAGGUAUAAAGUCGGAUGCAUAGGUAACUGCAUGGAAGUGGUCUAAGCAUAUUCUUGCCAUUAGCCUUUUGUGAAAAUUUACACAAAUUUCAUCUAGAUCAUUGUGGUAUUGCAGACGACAAAAGACACCUGUGAAAGAACUUCAAAUACUGCAUGUUGACAUGAAAAUACAGAAUGCGGCUGACAUGUUGUGCAUCACUUGUGCACAACAUGCAAACCUACUACACAAUGUUACACCUUCAUCUCUGUGUGCAGGUCAAGGAAGGUGGUUUUUACAAGGAGCAUGAGGAGAUGAUUACUUCUGCAUACAUGGAGAUAUUGCCUUCUGACAUCUAACAGUGUUACUUAAAAAAAAUAAAAUAUUUUUUCACAUUCGUAACAUACCAUGCUGUAAUAAGAACUGAUUUGAUAGGUGAUUAUGUCCCUGAGCUGUCCUUGGGUCUGAGGAGGACGUGUGUGUGUGUGUGUGCAUGCAUGCGUGCACUCGCAUUCAUAUAACAAGCACAAAAUAUUUGAAAAGUAUUAGAAGAUCAAAUAGUGUCUGUUCAUUUUGAAUAACAAGUUUGAACAACCUGAUAUUGAAUUUGUUAUUCAACCAAUGCUGGUAUUCGCACACCCCUGGUUGGCACACUUCUCUGGUUCUUCUAAUCUUUCACGCUAUUGUGAAUGAGAGUCCGAUUGGGCCUUCCAUGUCAGCACUAUUGAACAGUUCUGUGAAACUGGACUUCCUCAAGCACUUGAUAUUGGCAGCUUGACAGUGCUUCCACGCUCUUUUGAGCAUGGUCAUUGCUUUUAGCAUGACCAGCAGCACUUGUAAUUCUACUGCCAGGGAUUCUUUCCAGUUUAGACUGUUUGAUAUUUGCCAUUUCAAGUAUUGAAUGAGAUGUUUCAUUAACAUAAAAAGCAUCUUUUUCAGUUUUUUGAACACUGUCUAAUAAAUGUUAAAUUGAAUGAACUGCUAUCAAUUGAACUGAACUCUACUCUUGGUGAGCUAGCAUUGGUUAUACUGAAAGGCACACCUUAAUUUUAUAUUUGAGAGCAUAGUGGCAUGGCCUUUUACAAGGUUAACAAGGAUAUGUCUUGGCAUUUAUAGAGUGAGUUUAAAAAGUCUCUGUUCAUGGUAACAAUGUUGGAAGACAGGCAUAUAUAUGCAUAGAUUUUUAGUUUCUGAGCCUGUGAGUGCUUUCAUAGAGUUUUUAACAUGUGAACCAUGCACCAGUGAAAUAUGUAUAUAAAUGUUUCCUGUAAUGCCAUAACAGGACACUGCGAAAUACAUAUCAUACUUAUUACAAUGUGGUGUGUAUUACUUUGGCCAUCAAUUCCUUCAUUCUGUUUGCACAAGGCUUUGCAGUCUUCUCUUCAUGUCUUAAUAGGAACUUUCAGUGUGUUAAAGCAGCAACAGUAUUGCUAUGUAAGUUUAAAUUAUUCACCACAAAGCAACAUGAUGAUGAAUACUUAAUUUGAGUGGGAAAAUACGCAAAUAACACAGACGCACUUGCAACAAAAUAUGUUACCCUACCAACUCUUUUAAUUAACUAUUCAUCCUGCUAUGAUAAUGAGGCAUCAUUGAAUGCCCAGCAUAGUGAGGCUCCAACCAUAAAUUCUCCUCUGUGUAAAUCAGUCUCGCAUGAUUUUGAAAAAGGCAGUGAAUAAUUGGCUCAUCAUGAAUACUGUUGUAUAGAAAUUACAAAGAAGUGCUCUCGCACAUGCAAGCACACCAAUUCCACUUUUAGAUUCUAGAAAUUUUCUCACGUCAUGUGAAAUUUUGAUCUGAACCUGAGCCAAACCUGAACCUCUGCCACUUUCCCUCAGUAAUUUCCAAGUUCACAGAACUUGGAAUUUUAUAGUGAAUGGCACACUUCGGCUACAGCUUUGUAUGAUUGCCAGCUUUUAAUGUGUGGGAGUGUGAAGGGGAGUUGUUCAAAAGGCAACUAGGUUAACCAGACGGAGGUC